AUGAUCUCAUCUACCAUCAGAUCUGUGCAGUCCUUGCCCGAGCACAAGGACCGCUUCAAGAAACUUCAAGUCCACCUGGAGAUUUGCGAGCGCUGCCACGAGGCGCUGGCUGACAAGAGGUUGACGGACCUCGUGGCGCUGGAGCAGGACCUGGCCACGCGGGUGGUGAACCUCAAGGCGGUAGACAAAGAGCUGCUGCAGUUCCUGCAGGACCCGGCGCUGGACCUGUCGCUGAAGCUCCGGCUGAUGCUGCUCUGCGAGGCGCAGCUGACGGAGGAAGGUCAAAGCGCGCGGCUGCAGGACCUCGCGGCCCAGCACCUGGGCCGCGCGGCGGCGCGGAAGCUGCGGACCUGGGCGGAGGCGCUGCGAAGACUCCGCGAGGGCCGUGAGAGGCGGAUGCGGCGAUCCCGUGCGGGCUCUGGCGUGGAGGGCGACAGCUUCACAGGCGACAGCCCGCGCCGAGCCCGGCUCUGGCGCUGGCGCCCGCGGCUCGCCACUUUGCUUCAGGACCUGGCGGCUGGCAAUUUGGACCCAGCCCACUUCCGAUGCCUCAGGAGCCAAAACCUCGCCGGGCGCGUCCACAGUUCCGUGGUGAUCUUCGUGGUUGGUGGCAUUACUCUCCCCGAGAUCAGGGCCACCCACGAGGUCGCGGCAGCUUUACCCGGCACGCAAGCCUACAUAGGGGGCAGCUGCCUGCUGACUCCUCGGCAGCUGGUGGAGCUUUGCGAGGCCUUUUGA